GACUUUUAUUUUGAUUGGGAUAUAUGACGUCAUAGAGCCGCGCCGCGCUCCUGCGUUUGUUUCAGCUGAAGAAAGGACAAAGUGUAUAAACACACAGAAAAACUCCUGCUGAAUCAACUGAGAUCCACGUGACACUAUUAUAAAGAUGGCGUUUAUUAAAGAGGAGAGUGAAGACAUGAAGAUUGAAGAAGCAGAGAGUGAAGACAUUAUUAAAGUGGAGAGUGAAGACGUGAAGAUUGAAGAAGCAUUCAGAGCCAAACAUGAAGAUACUGAGGAACAAACAGGCCUGAUGCCACAGAAAGAGGAGAGCCAAGAUCUGAUUGGAAUGGAAAACAAAGUUCAGCAUGAGAAACAUCAUGAUUUCAUAACUGGAGAAAAGCCUUACACAUGCCCUCAGUGUGGGAAGAGUUUCGUUAAUAAAACAGGCCUUAAAACGCACAUCAGAAUCCACACUGGAGAGAAACCUUUCACCUGCGAACAGUGUGGAAAGAGUUUCAGUAAAAAAGGACACCUUAAUCAGCACAUUAGAAUCCACACUGGAGAAAAGCCUUACACCUGCCAACAGUGUGGAAAGAGCUUUACUUCAAAAGGAAAUCUUGAAAAACAUAUGAAAAUUCACACUGGAGAAAAGCCUUACACUUGCCAACAGUGUGGGAAAAGUUUCACCAGAAAAGGAAAUCUUGAAGUCCACAUGAGAAUUCACACUGGAGAGAAACCUUUCACCUGCCAACAGUGUGGAAAGAGUUUCAUUAAAAAAACAAACCUUAAAAACCACACGAGAAUUCAUACUGGAGAGAAGCCUUACACGUGCUCUCAAUGUGGGAAAAGUUUUAAACAUAAACAACACCUCGAUGACCACAAGAGAAUUCAUACUGGAGAGAAGCCUUACACCUGCCAACAAUGUGGAAAGAGUUUCAAUCACAGAGGAAACCUUGGAGACCACAUGAGAGUUCACACUGGAGAGAAGCCUUACACCUGCAAACUGUGUGGAAAGAGCUUCAUUCGAAAACCAAACCUUAAAUACCACAUGAGAAUUCACAGUGGAGAGAAACCUUUCAUAUGUUCUCAAUGUGGAAAAAGUUUUAAACAUAAACAACACCUCGAUGACCACAUGAGAAUUCAUACUGGAGAGAAACCUUUCACCUGCCAACAAUGUGGAAAGAGCUUCAUUCAAAAAGGAAACCUUAACAAACACAUGAAGAUUCACAAGGGAGAAAGGCCGUUUACUUGCUUUCAGUGUGGAAAGAGUUUCAGUCAACAAGGAAACCUAAACAGGCACAAGAGAAUUCACACUGGAGAGAAGCCUAACAGAUCUCCUCAGUGUGGAAAGAGUUCCAAUCAAAGUGGAAACCUUGAUGUCCACCGGCGAAUUCACACUAUGGAGAGCCUUUUUACCUGCCAACAGUGUGGAAACAGUUUCACUUAUAAAAGAAGCCUUAACAGGCACAUGAAAAUUCACACAGGAGAGAAACCUAACAGAUCCCCUCAGUGUGGAAAGAGUUCCAAUCAAAGUGGAAACCUUGAUGUCCACCGGCGAAUUCACACUAUGGAGAGCCUUUUUACCUGCCAACAGUGUGGAAAGAGUUUCACUCAUAAAAGAAACCUUAACAGGCACAUGAGAGUUCACACUGGAGAGAAGCCUUACGCCUGCCAAUGGUGUGGAAAGCGUUUCAGUCAACCUGGACACCUUAAAGUCCACAUGAUAAUUCACACUGGAGAGAAGCCUUUC